GGAGGAAGAGCCCCGCGGGGGGUGCGCGGUCGCCGGUGACAUCACGCGCGGAGCUGCUGCAGAGGGAGGCGGAAAAUGGCUGCUGCCAGAAUGUUUUUCAGGGAAUAUUUCAUAAAUCUUAAGAAUGACAAGCAGAGAAGAGAAAAGGAAUGAGGAGAGAAGGUUAAAGGAAGCUGUUGGCUCCCACCUGAGAUUUGACCUCAGAAGGAGAAUCCUGGAGGUGAACAGGAGGUGACUCAGACAAGAAGUGAAAGAAGGGCUUUGUAUGUUUGGUCAGCAUAUUACUGCUAUUUAAUUCUAGCACUAUCCUUGAAAUUGAAGUACAUAUUAUUAUUUUGAAUCAUUUGAAAAGAGAAGCUGAAGUGUAAAGGUUACACGAUCCACUCAGGACAAAGUGGUUUAAUUGAAGUGCUGCAGAACAGUCCCCGGACAUGACUGGGAAAUUUUGCAGUCAGGUGAUGGUGGAAAACCAAGUUCCUGCCUCCUUAAUAUAUGCAGAGGCUGUCUGUAUGACAAGAAAACCAUUGAAAAUGAAAAAAUUCACACUGUUUGAUUUUAUAAAUGACAACUCGCUGCAAAUUGGAGAGACUUCCUGGAUUCAGAAUCUUCCCAGUGAUGACAGUGAACUAGAAGGAUUUCUGAAACCAAAUGAACAUGUGCUGGUAAACUGGCCUGUGGCAGAAAGAAAGACAGAAAAGCAUCUAGUGAAAGUUGUAUACAUGAGUGAUGAUCCCCAAGAGCUGGUGGAAAUGAUGCAAAAGAUACUACAGGAGGAUGAAAUUACGAAAAUACAGGUCCUUGGAAAAGGCAAGAGGAAGAGGAUAGAAAUGAUAUUCUCAGAAAGCGAAGACAGUGAUCUGGGUAAAGAACAGCAGAAGAUGGUGAAGCAUAUAAAAAGAAAAAAAGCAUUUCAGGCAUCAGCUUCUGCCAGCAUCCUGAGUCAACUUGAAACGUCUUUAAUUAACAAACAGAGAGAACCAUAUUCAGGAAGCAACUUUCUAUGCAGUGAAAGCAGCAGUGAUGAUGAAGAGCCUUUAUUUCAAUUAUCCAAGGUGGAACUGUGUGCCAAAAUAAAAAGUCUCAAGAGGAAGCUGACAGACACCAUGAGAGAAAACUGCCGCCUGAGGCAGUCCCUGGUGAUGCUUCAAGUGUUGCCACAGGCAGUCACUCAUUUUGAGGAACUGGUAGGGAUGGCUGAAGCACUGCUCAAAGGGGGAGUGACAACGUCUACAUCCAGUCUUCAUUCCCAUGCUGUUUGGAAAGCAUCUAACAACUCUUUAGCAGAUGUGUAUGCAGCUAUGCAUAGUAACUCCAGCUCACCAGUAUCUUUGAAUGUGGAAGAUGAGGAGCAACCAACUGAAAAACAGUUCAAGAUUGAGAAGUGGCAGAUCGCACUUUGUAACAAGAGCAAACCUCAAAAGUUUAUAAACGACUUGAUGCAAGCACUUUAUACGCAUGAAUACAUGGCUACACACAGCCUGACAGGUGCAAAGUCAUCCUCUUCAAAGGAUAAAGCAGCGAAACCAGCUAUGAAUCAGAAUGAAGUUCAGGAAAUCAUAGGAAUUACAAAACAGUUGUUUCCAAACACAGAUGAUGCUUUAAUUAGGCGGAUGAUGGGACAAAAACUGAACAAUUGCACCAAGAAGCCAAUUUUAAGCAAAGAUCUUAACUCAGGUGCUUUUCAGAAGCAUGGUUUUUGCGGUUCAGCAGCUGCUCCUCAGGGCAUCAUCCCUUUGGCUGCUCCUCCCAGCACGCAAGACCAGCAGGAUGAUGAUACAACAGCUGCUAAUGCACAAAUUCAGCAGAGCCACAGCCGUCUGACUCCUCCACCUUUCAGCACCCAAGGUGAGCAGGAGCGUUUCAAACCUACUUCUGAGGUGGAGUCUCAUCUCUCCAGAAGCUCACAAGCGCCCUCUGCCAACCAGGGUUGUGGACAGGAUCUCAGGAAUUCAGACAAGGAAUAACAGAAUGUACUUCAUGCCAGCUCAAGUUCCCGUUGGAGAUGAAGGAAUAAUAUAAAAUUAAAAUGAAAUAAUAUUUAUUGGGCCUAGCACCAUUGGACAGAGAUACUGCAAGCAGAGUAGAAGCUUGGGAGCAAUUCCUCAAGUGAAAAUCCCUCAGCUUAAGAAAAAUGAAGGCAUAUUAAUAUAUUUGGCUUUACGAUAUAAUUAAAUAAAUGCAUGUUAUACUGUAAUUCAAAGAUAUAUAAACUUGAUCCAAAGAAUACAGGAACUGCUCCCCUUAGUUAGAAAAACACCACAUUAUUUAAAGUAACACCAACAGAAUUUGUAAGAGGAUCCUUAAUGCUCUUGCUUUCACCUUAACAGCUGAUGGAAAACUGCUUUACUGACCAGAAAAAGCUAUUAUAUGUUGAUACAAAAGAGAUACAGAAGUAUGAAAGGAAAUUUAUAUUUGAGGAUGCUGUUAACUUAGAAGGAACAAAAAAUCUCAGGGCAGUGAAACUAUACUUCCUGAGAUGUCUGCAAGAAGGAAACAGCUCAUUUUUAACCUCCAGAAGUUGGAAAGGCAAUGAAAGAAACCUCAUUCUUUCUUAGCUCAGGAAAGAAUGCCCUAGGAUAUGUUGCUGGGUUGUGGAGGCCAUGGCUUCCCUCAUAGGCUUUUUGAUGCUGAUGCUUUGGUUUGGCAGCUCUCAUUCUCUCUUCCCUGACCUCUGGGUCCAGAAGAUAAAGGUAACAGUUUCCCCAGAAAAUGGAAGUUUCCCAGCCAGAAAAUCGAAGAUAAUCUCUGGAAAGCAGCUAGUAAAGGACAGAGCUGCCAGCUCUUUCUCUGUAUGUCUAGAUUUUUGGUACACUGCUGUUCGAUUAAAGAGUAGGUGGAGAAGUAGAGCUUGUUCCUCAUGGGGUUGGCACCAGAGGUCCUCCAUCAGCUGGGUAGUUCCUCUUGAGCUCUGACAUCAUUGUCCCAGGGGCAAAACUAGCAGUAAUGCACCCUGUAAUUGCCUGAGAAGGAUGAGGAAUGGUACAUUUUUUUUUCCUCUGUGGACUGAUUCCAGUUCUGUAGUGUGGGAAAGAGAGAACACUUGGAUUAUAACUUUCACACUUGAGGGUAUUUCUUCCAGAACAGAGAGUACUAACAGUUAAAUCUAUUUCAUGCUUGGCAAACAUGCAAUUAAUGAAUCAAGAUGGAAAAAACCAAAAACAAAACAAAAAUAACAUGACUAACUUCAUCUGAGGACUUCUAGAACUAGAAACAGUAGAAGGGUGAAUGCAAGGAAAAAAUCAGAAGGUAAGGUUAGCAACUGAAUACCUCUGAAGAGAAGUGCUGCAAACCUUCCUUUAUCAGAGCAAUGCACUAAUAAAAUACACUGUAGAGAAGACUUCUGGAUGGGAUGGGGGAUAACUAAAGUGAUCUACUAGCCUCAUUCAGCUCUCAUGUCUAUCAAUUCCUUGUAAAUAGGAUUAAGAUGAAAGCAAAUAGGACAAUGUGAUGUAAAUUCCACCUCACUGCCAUGCAUCAAAUGUAACUGGAGGAUGUUUGCUAUUAUAUAUAUUUUGUAUAUGUAUCUGUAUAUACAGCAUACAAGAAUGUAUAUAAUUAAUCAUAUUUUUGAAGCAGAUUUCUAUCAAAUAAAAUGAAACAUUA